UAUGUCGAGCAUGAAUGGGAUAUCGAGCAUUACUUUUGUUGCUCAAUCAUUCCAACAUGGCUGACAAACAAGAACUCAUUGACCAAUUCGUUGGUGUAACUGGUAUCGAUGUCGAUAGAGCAAGAUUCCAUCUUGAAUCGGCUGCAUGGAAUCUAGAGCUUGCAAUGGCAAGUUUCUAUGAAGAUGGUGAUGCUGAGCCUCAGGUUGUGGAGGUUGAUGAUGAUGAAGAUAUUCAGGAGACAGCAGCGCCUUCUAGUGGUGAUGGUGGUGGCAGGUCACAGAGUGCGGGACAGUCUGGAGGAGGAUCAAGGUUUGCUACAAUCUCAAGUAUGAAGGACAAGGAGGAAGAUUCUGACUCAGAUGAAGGUCAAGCCUUCUAUGCUGGAGGUUCAGAACGCAGUGGACAGCAGGUACUGGGCCCGCCAAAGAAGAAAUCUGAACCAGAUGAGGUGGUGGAUACACUUUUCAAGUCUGCAAAAGAACAUGGGGCUGAAGUUGUUGAUGCAAGUGAAAACAAGCGGAAAAAAGCAGGUCCAUCGUUCAGAGGUACUGGAUAUAGACUUGGGGACACAGAGGGGACCUCUCAUACAGUACAAGGUGCAAAAGUGAAAGAAUCAAGACAGGUUGAUAUGGUAUUGAAACUGUGGAAAAAUGGAUUUAGUAUGGAUGACGGUCCGUGGAGAGAUUACAACGACCCUGCAAAUAAAGAUUUCUUAGAUUCAAUAGGAAAAGGUGAGGUGCCAAGAGAACUCAUACGAUUGGCUAAGGGUGGAGAAGUCAAUCUCAACAUGGAAGAUCAUCGCAAUGAAGAGUAUGUCAAGCCUAAAGUACCUGUCAGGGCAUUCACAGGAGCAGGGCGGAUGCUGGGCAGCCCUGUCCCCAACCUGGCAUCAAAGCCACCUGAAGCAGCAGGGGCAAGCGCAGUCAAUGACAACACAGCGCAGCAGGCAGCCGUUGCAGUUGACACCUCCAAACCCACAACCAGCAUACAGAUCCGACUCGCAGAUGGAUCAAGACUGGUUGCCAAGUUUAAUCACAGUCAUAGGAUCAGCGAUAUUAGAAAUUACAUUAUAUCAUCCCAUCCUCAGUAUGCGGGGGUGAACUUCGUGUUGAUGACAACCUUCCCAAAUAAAGAACUGACUGAGGAGUCGGUGACACUAGAGGAUGCUAAGCUAUUGAAUGCAGUGAUUGUCCAGCGACAAAAGUGACCUGUCUGAGCAUGGCCACUCACAGGGACAGAGAGUGAUUCAUGGGGCACAGUGUCCUCUUGUGAUUUCCCUUUGCAUUGAACAACUUUUGUUCUGAAAAUAUUAGGAUGAGACAAUAGGAUGUGACAACCAAGAAAACUAAAGUCCAAGCAAAUCCAGUUCUUGAGAGCCAUGUCACAACUUUAAUUUUUAAGACAGCACAGUCACCAGGCAUAUAUUCCCUGUGUUUGUCAUUGUGAUUGAAAAACUUCCUAGAUAAAUGUCUUGAGUUAAGUAUACCCCAAGUGUAGUUACUCCAACAAACUGUCCCACUAGAUUGUCAGGCAUGGACCAUCAUUUCUGAUGGUUGUUUUGUGAGGGCUCCUUGUUAACCCGUUGUGUCCUGACUGGCUGAAGCUGCUCGUGACGUGUCGUAUUACUGUGUUUAUCAAGUACCAAGCAAUGCCAAAAUCAGAUGCUACACACAAGGAAAGAGAUACCGUGUCCUCACUCACUUAGAGCAGUAAAGUGGGACAUUCUCCUUCUUUGCAGAAGAGGAUUUUAUCACUUGAAAGUGCCAUGAAAUAUGCUCCUGGCUUAUUAAGUCCACAAUGUAAACAGUCACCUUGUAAUGGUGAGGUGAUGUGGAAGAGACAGACACCUUUCUAUUUAACACAAGAAACACUUGUACCACUUGUUGUUAAGUGCAGAUUACAAAAUGAAUAAAUUUGUGGUUUAACAACAAGUUCUAUUUUGUACAUGAAUGUGGUGAUUUCUUGGGAGUUUUAUAUGGUUCCAUCCUACUACAGUGUCAUGAAGAUGUUUUGUUUUGCUGUUACAAAAAUGUCCAUAAAUAAAACGGAUAAGCAUGA